UUCCCCAUGUCUGUCUGAUACCGCAAUCUCUUUCACUCUCUCUUUCUCUCUCUCCACCGUCCACUCCCUUCAGCCAUCUUGUACUCUCUCCAUCUCUCUAUAAAAGCAAACUCAACUAGCCAUAAACUGUUCCCACUCUCUCAUCAUCUUACCUUUUUCAUUCUCACCCAGCUAGCCAUGGCUGAUCCCUACUCCAAUUUCUUCUCAUCACCUGGUUUCUUCCACUUCAACCCCAUCCACCACCACCACCACCAUUUCCCAUCUCCAAACCCAUCUCCACACCACCCUCAUGUCCACAACUUUUUCCACCACCACCACCAGAUAACCACUGCUAAUGCUUCUUCUUCUUCCUCUUCACCUCCUUCUCCUCCUCUAAGAGUGGAGCUCCCCCUCUUGGGCCUAAGUCCAGCAAAGCAAGAAGAAUAUAAUGAAGAGCAAGAACAACAAGAAGAUCACCUUUCCAAAGAGGAGGAGCUGGAAGAAGAAGAUCAAGAAGAUGGAACUGUCACUGUUGCACUCCACAUAGGUUUACCAAGCCCUAGUGCUGCUGAAAUUGCCUCUGUGAUGUCCUCAAAUUCUUCAGAGAUCUCUGAUAAUCAUAAAGAUCAUGUUAUGGAUGGUGAGGAUGAUUCUGGGCUCAUGAGUACCAACAGGCUCAACAAGGGCCAGUACUGGAUCCCUACACCUUCUCAGAUUCUCAUUGGUCCUACCCAGUUUUCUUGCCCUGUUUGCUGCAAAACAUUCAACAGAUACAACAACAUGCAGAUGCAUAUGUGGGGGCAUGGAUCACAGUAUAGAAAAGGGCCUGAAUCAUUGAGGGGAAGCCAACCAACAGGAAUGCUGAGACUUCCAUGCUACUGUUGUGCUCCAGGGUGCAGGAACAACAUUGAUCACCCAAGAGCAAAGCCUCUUAAAGAUUUCAGAACCCUCCAAACACAUUACAAGAGGAAGCAUGGGAUCAAACCCUUCAUGUGCAGAAAGUGUGGCAAGGCUUUUGCUGUGAGGGGAGAUUGGAGAACCCAUGAGAAGAAUUGUGGGAAGCUUUGGUAUUGCAUCUGUGGGUCUGAUUUCAAGCACAAGAGGUCUCUUAAGGAUCACAUCAAAGCUUUUGGAAGUGGUCAUGCAGCUUAUGGGAUUGAUGGCUUUGAAGAAGAGGAUGAGCCAGCUUCUGAAGUAGAGCAAGAUAAUGAUUCCACCCAGUAAUGACAACGGUUUUUUCAGUGUUGGUGGAUGAAAUUCUCUAAACCAACAAACCAUUGCGGAAACCAGAAGACAUGGGGUUAAAUUAUACUAUAUGUGAAUUAUCUUAAUUAUUUUGUGAAAUUAUUAGUGGGGUUUUAGUAUAUGGCAAUGGCUUCCUAUUUCAAAACUAUAUAUAUGCACUAAGUUUAAAUGGAAAGCCAAGCUUUUGAUCCUUUUUUCUUCCUUCUGUUGGAAUAUUAGCUAGGAGACUGACCUGGAUACAAAACACUUAGCUGGAAAAGCUAGAUAUAUAUCCAACUUCGUUGACUUGAAUUUGUUGUUUGUUCUCAUGUAUCAGACCUCUUUUUCCCCCUUCUCUUAUUAAUUGCUUAAUUAAGACAAUAUUGUAUAUGAA